UUUCUUUUCGAACCUUAUGAAUAUCUUAUAGAAUCGUCUGGUAAAGGGAUAAGAAGGGAGUUAGUGGAGGCAUUUCAACACUGGCUUCGUGUUCCUGAAGAAAUUAAAGAGGAAAUAGCAGUUAUAACAGAAAUGCUACACAACUCCAGCCUUAUGUUUGUUGUAAUUGACGAUAUUGAAGAUAAUUCUGAUUUACGACGAGGAAAGCCAUGUGCUCAUCUUCUAUAUGGCAUUUCAAACUCAAUCAACAGCGCCAAUUUGGUUUAUUUCAUAGCACUAAAAAAGGCACUUAUGCUUAAUCACCCGCUUUCUCCUCAUAUAUUUGCUGAGCAGCUAAUUUAUUUGCACAGGGGGCAGGGCUUAGAUAUUUAUUGGCGAUCUGUCCUUAAAUGUCCAAACGAAGAUGAAUACACAUCGAUGGUUAUAUUUAGUAAGUGA